AAUAUUUCGCUCCAUUAUUUGGAAUCGGACCAAACUGUUGUCAACGUACAAGAUUCUCUCGCUUCAAGUCCAAGACGUAAGAUUCAACGUUGCAACAAUGAGGGUCCUGUGUGUGCUUUUAAUUCUGGCCGUUAUUGGACACAGUCUGGCGCUCAAAUGCAAGAAGUGCACCGGGGCAGCGUGUGCUGCCAAGUUGACGUCAGGGGAUUGCACCGAGUCCUUCUGUUAUCGAAAAAGUAAGGAAUACGUGCUUCUUGAGGCUGGUUGCGGAACCACAGCCUUGUGCACAAAGGAGGAGUGCAAGUCCGAAUCCAAUGGCAUCACUAAAUGCUGCUGCAAAAAAGAUGACUGCAACAGCGCAGGUGCUGUGACCUUCAACCUGGUUGCCCUUGUAACGCUGGUUACAGCAACAUUCGUGUUUUAGAAAAUCACGAUAUGUUUAAGUUUACCAAUUUUGUAGGCCAACACAAUUUGAGCUGAGGGCUUUGAUAUAGUUUAGGUUGUGUGGCAAUUUGUUAACUGUGUGACUCUUCUAUG